CUGGUAUCCAAGGAAGAUGGUGUCAUCUGCGUACUGUGACCAGUAUUACUUGCUGUUCUGAAACAGUUAAAGUAGUCGCAGGUCAGUUACCACGUGCGUAUCAAUUUAACACGUCGCCUACAACAACAACAGUCGAGUCAUGUCGGUAUACUAUACUGGAUUAAAUGCCACUUCACUUUUUUUCGAUCAGGAUGAAAUUAUCACAUCGAUAUCACAUUUGACUCAAAUUCCAUUUUCUGGAAUCACUGACAUUGAGAUUGGCUGGAAUUAUUUCCUUUUAUGGCAAGAUACAAAAUUAUAUAUUGCUGGAAAAAUUAGUAAGGAUGACGAUAAAACUCGUCCUCAUUUAAUGCAAAUUCCAGGGGAGUCAUCAGAAAGUUGCAAAAUAGCUGUUCCUGGCCAUGACUAUAUAAUUAUUCUAUCGACACAUAAUGAACUUUGGAAGUACAAGAUAUAUGAGGACUCUUGGCAAAAAGUGACCCCUUUUAUUCCCAGCAGUGAUAACACAUCAGCUGAAUAUGCCAUUAAAUUGUCACAAGGAAGAUGUACAGUGGUUCUAACUAAUUUAGGACGUGUAUUUAAUGUCCCAGUCUUAGUUGAGAUACCAAAGAGAGUUAAAUUUAUUGACAUUGCCUGCGGAUUUGACUAUACCAUUUUAUUAGCUGAAAAUGGAGAUAUUUAUUCAAUGGGAAUGGGAAUACGUGGUCAAUUAGGACACAAUGAGUUGGAAAACUGUGAUAAUCCGAGGCUAAUCGAGGCCUUAGCAGGUCUGAAGGUUGUACAAAUAUCAGCGGGCGGUUGGCAUAGUGCUGUAAUCACCGAUCAAGGUGAUCUAUAUACUUGGGGAUGGAAUUCACACGGAGAGUUAGGAAUUGAAAGUAAAGACACAAAGGUUUAUGCUGUUCCAACUUUAAUAGAUUUUAAAAAUGACAAAGGAGAGAAUGUAGAAAUUAAUGUCAAGAAGGUCGAAUGCGGAAAUUCCUUCACUGUAUGCUUAACAGACGACGGCUCCUUUUGGGGCUGUGGCACCAACAAGUACGGCCAAUUAGGAAAACUUGAGCAGAAUUUGGAAGAUCCGUGUCGUUUUGUCAAAUUAGAUAUAACACCGUUAGAUCCUAAAACAGUGAAAACGUUUAAGUGUCACGAAUGGGGCACGGCAGUAAUUACAGAGUAAUAUUGUACUUUUUAUUUUUUAAAAAGAACGAAAUAUAAUUAUUUUUUUAAUCACA